AUCCGCCCCAAACUAGAAUAUGCCGCAGCGAUAUGGGAUCCAUACCAAAAUUACCUUAUGAAAAACUUAGAAGCCAUUCAAAAUAGUGCUGUAAGAUUCGUAUACUCCGACGCCAAAGAUUGGAACGAUCUUCCUGAGAACAUAGUACAGCUCCGGGACUUGGAUAAAUUCAGAGAAGCUCUUAUAGCGUUAGAUCAAUCAUAG